CGACCACUUUGUUUUUCGACUCAGAAUGGUCAUGGGCUACCUCGUGGGACUGUGACAAUUUUUUUUUCUCGUUUCGUCCUACAUACAGUUCUCUUCUAUUGUCUAUUCUUCAGCUCGGCCAGCAAGCUUGGUCACUUUCAACUUGAGAUACCCCCCUCCUUUCCAAAUCUUCGAUUCUUGUUCAACUUCUUUCCGCACUAGUUUGCGGACUCCUGUCGAUUCGCCAUCGGCAUAUUACGUAUUAUCAUAACGAUACUCUGAAUUGUCACUUGCGAGCUUAUACUUCUCGGUCACGAAUCUCACGAUGAUGUUCAUAACCGUUUUCACUUCCCUCGCCCUUUUAGCGGGCCGAGGUCUCGCUCAGGAUACUACUGGCCUCCUACCUUGCGCAUCCGGUUGCGUCAGUGGCGUCUUUGCGAAUACGGCAGCUAUGGGCUGCGGUUUGAAUGACCGCCUUUGCGUCUGCGGAAAGAGUUCCGACUUCUCGGCUGGAAUUCGCGAUUGUAUCAACAAGGUCUGUCCCUCUGAGUCGGCGGCGGCGCAGAUUUCUAUCGCCCAGGGCUUAGGCAAUAGCGAAUGUGAAGCCGCCUCUUCUGCUGCGGGCGUUCUAUCUUCUCCUACGCCUACGCCUACUCUUAGCCCGCCGGCAUCUUCUGCUACAUCUCAGCCUACCGAGCAAGUUAUCAAGUCUGCUCCUCCGACUACCACCGCGGAGACUACUCAGGCAACUAAGCCGAGUCCGAGCCCUGCCUCUCAGCCGGGUUUCUCUGCCGCCGAGGUAGAAUCGACUGCUUCUAGUUCGACCCCUGCUGCUACCGAAUCGUCAGCCCCUGCCAAGACUUCAGCAGCCAGCUCCUCGUCUGCACCGUCAACCACAUCUAGUAACUCGGCUGUUGCCGCCGGAGCGACAUCUACGGCAGAAAAGACCGAUGAAGAAUCAUCGCCUAGUCAGAAUGGCGGUUUAAGUGUUGGUGCAAGAGCCGGAAUCGGUGCUAGUGUUGGCGUUGCGGUAGUUGUCUUAAUGAUCCUCGCAUUCUGUUUCCUUCGUCGCCGUGGAAAGAAACCCGAACCAGAGCGCGCCCAGACCAUGCAGAUCUCUCAACCUCUUCCCGGAUCCGGAAGACAGUAUGCCGAAGGUGUUCGCCAACCCGACCCUACUCUGUCUAAAGACUUUACUCCGCGAGCGCCAUCCCCCCAGUCGGCAAAUCGGACCCCCUCGCCUGUAGCCCGUCCGUAUUCGCCAUCUACCGCGUCGUACGCUUCCGAACUCGACGCCAACGCACGUCCCUACGAGGAUCUGUCACCGCGAACGCAACCUCGAACUAUGAUCUAAUCGACUUUCGCGUGCGCAUAACCCCCCUUUUUUCGAUUCUUACGCGCCCAACUUUAUUUUCCGAUUAGGAUCUCUUUGUUGAGUUUGCGAAUGCUUUUUUUUAUGAGUUAAGAACCUCCGAUAUCCCAAGUCAAAUCCUUUUUUUUUCAAGGAUUUAUUGCGGAUGCUUGUAGCAUGGACUCGGUUCGUUUUAAGUGGGUAAGUUCCACUGAGAUUCUAAAACCUGACCUACUUGGAGGUUGAGGAGAAGAAAGAAGAGGAGAGGAGAGAAAAGAGAGGAGCGAGAAAAAAGGAGGAGGAAGAGGUUUCUCCAGUUUGAUCGAAACGAUUCCCUUACGAGAGAUCAAACUGGCAAGUACAGUCAAGACGCAGGAAACCGAAAUGAAGUGGAACGGUGAAGGGUGUAGUUACAGAGAAAAGGGAUGGAUUCGUGAUGAAGCCUUGCUAUUUAUUGGCAUGACACGAGAACAAUCGACUUUCUUUGUAGUGAUUGUGUGAUAUCAAUGUAGCUGCGUGACAUCGAUGUGUUUUGCUGGCCAGCUUAUGCAAAUCAGAUGGUCCCUGUUAUUUGUUUGUUUGUUUGUUUUGUUAAUGUUGUAAUUAAUGUUCGCUGGUAGAAGCAUAAACUUAGGUAACGAUGUAAAAUCUCGCUGCUUGGACGGCAGAUUUUAAUUUUCUUUUGUACCGUCCUUUUUGCACGAUUCCCUCUCGAGAAGAGCUAA